UUACCGGAUCCCGGCUAUGAUAGUAGACCACGGGCUUGGAAUUGCUUGGGAUGUACAUGAAUGAAAACAGAACAUACCAAUUACAGUAUGCGCGCUCCUGUCCUAUGCAUAUUACAUAGGUCUCACGGUGGAAUUUUUCCUAUGAUGGACACUUGGCCUUGCUUGGCCCGUCUCCCUCCGCCUGUCUCCGUGUAGUCGCGAUGUUGGUCGAUCCUAUUCAAUAUGAGCCUCCCAUCUACCUCCGGUCGAACCACAAAUUCCAAACUCGGGAACAUCAAGGGGUAUUCCGACUUUGAAAAGUUAAGAUCGACUUCGUGGCUCCUAUACUUAUAGUCGAGCUGCAUUGUUAACAGUAAAUCUGAUACAUCACUCUUGUCGUUCUCUUUUCUACGUAAUGUUGGUCGAAAAUGCGUACCCGAGCUCGAUCGUAUAUGGGAUUCCUCGGCGCGGUGGGUUUUCUGCUAUUCGCAUGCCCACAAGCUAAGGGGCAAAGUCGCAUUUCAGCUGCUAGUGGUCAGUGUCCAUUGAAUAUUCCGAGGGCGCUGCAAUCGCAAGCACAGCUAGGGUGCCCACACCCAGUUGAUGGGAGCACCGGUCAACAUCCCAUCGACUGGUCGCCUUGGACUCAUCAACCAGAAUGCAUCCACGGGGACAGGUCACCGGAGACCAAGUACUGCGUUUAUAGCAACUCACAACACGGACAUGGAGGUGUCAGUAUUAUAACAACACCCGAGAUCGCCGCUAGCAGUGUUGAGAUACUAAAUGACUCGGGUAACACUCAUUUAAAGUCAUUUAUAAACAAUACCACCGGACCAGCAUAUGAAGUAGCAGAUAUCCCCGGCAAAGGAAAGGGGAUGGUCGCGACACGUCAUAUCAAACAAGCGGAGCCGAUCAUGGCAGAUUGGGCGGCGAUAAUUGUGAAUCUCGACUUCCCAACUUCAGUGAGGCGGUUACAGGGAUAUCGUCUCCUUCAUAAAGCUGCUGACCAAUUGUUGGAUCCGGAUCGGGUGCUGACAUUAGCCCGCAGCAGUGCCUUUUCCGGUGAUAUCAUGGAGGAUGUAUUGCGAACUAAUGCCUUCUCAUUUACAUUGAGUGGUGAAUCCCAUAUGGCUCUUUACCCGGAUGUCGCGCGAGUGAACCACGCGUGCCGUCCAAAUGCUUUCAUCAGGUUCACGCCAUCGAGCUUGGCCGUGAGUAUUGUUGCCAUGAGAGAUAUUGAGCCCGGAGAAGAAAUUUAUAUAACAUACGUUCCGCUAGGUAAGACUCGGGAAGAAAGACAUGCAGGAUUACAAAAAUGGGGGUUCAAUUGCACAUGCUCGCUGUGCACAGCAUCGAAAGCCGAGAUCGCCGCAUCCGAUUAUCGCAGAAGCAAGAUUAAGACAUUACGCCAAGAAGUGAUGAAGGCGGUUGAAGAUUGGGACGGAACCAAGGCGGUUAAGCUGACGCAUGAAGCGUUGGAACUCAUGCGUGCUGAAGAACUUGGACCUCUCUACUCUAGCCAAUAUGAGAUUAUGGCGAGACUCUAUUGGAAAGCAAGAGAUGAGAAGACAGCCACGAAAUAUGCGAAACUAUCAAUCGAUACUUUGGUGGAACAGGGAUAUCUCGAAGAUAGUCCGGAUGCAUUACCAGCAUUGUUAAGGACAUUUGACUGAGUUGAUGGAAUAGACGAUAAAAUUGAGGGGGUUGGUGUUAAGUGAUGAGUUAAGUGGCGUACUAUCGUGGUGGUGGAGUUGAUACCAAGGUACAUUUAGAAUUGGGGGUAAAUGAUCAUGUAUACGGGUUAAUUUAUUUAAGGCCAAUUCCACUAACAAUUAAUUCCCGCAGGAACAUUAAAGAUGUUAAUGCCGUACUAGGCGAUAUGUACCCGCCUGUAGCUACCCCAAUUCACAGGCUACAGCAACAUCUACCGGCUAACUGUCCGACGGAAGGAGCCUUGAU